AUGGCGCGCUCCUCGCGGGGUGGCGGCAGCGGCGGCAGGCGCAGCAGGACGUGCUGGAUGUGCAGCUGCGGUGGGUGGAACUGGGACUGGCGCACCACGUGCCUUGGCUGUGGGCACGCGGCCCCGCCAUGGGCGCUGGAAGCGGCAGCAGCCAAGGCCAAGCCCCAGGCGGAUAAGGGCGGCUGGGUGGAUCAGCCGCGCGGGCGCCGUGCCCAGCGGCAGGCCCGCAGUGCUGCAACGAGUGCGGCAACCUCCAAGUCGCAGACCUCGGAGUCGGGCGCCAGUGGGGCGCCCAGCGGCAGCGGCGCCACGGCGAUCGAGAGGCUGCAAGUGGCGGUCGAUCAGCUGGAUGCGCUGCAGGCGGAGCCACCCGACGGGGUCGAUUGCUGCUUCACCGACGUCGUCGCCAGCCAGCUGGGGGCCCAGCGCGCCGAGCUGGCAGAGGCCCAGCGGGCCGCAGCAGAGCAGAAGGCGUCCUCCAUGCCGCUGUCGACGAUGCUCCAUAAGGAGGCGAACGCCAUCGGCAAGACGGAGAAGCGCCUCCGAGCAGCGCGCCAGAGCCUGGAGCAGAAGCAAGAGGCGCGUGGCCUCGUCGAAGCCCAGCUGCAGAAGGCCCAGGAGGAGCUGGAGCAGCUCGACGCGGAGGUGGAGGAGGCCAGCCGUGCGCUCCACGCCCUCGAAGAGGAGGCCCGAGUGGGGGCCGCUGCGCAGCUGCGCCAGCGCGCGGCCGAGUGGGCAGGGGCCAGCCAGGUCCCAGGGCUCCUCAUGCAGCUGGACAAGCUGCCCGAGGCGUGGGGCUCCAGCAACUUCGAGGUGGCUUGGGCGGCCAUUCGCUUCCAGGUGGAGGCGGUGCGUGCGCAGCUCGCCGAGGCCCCUACCGUCCCGAGGAGAGUGCCCUGGGCGGAGUCGGCGACCACGCAGGAGGCUGCGGGCCUUGGCAGCCGCAGUGCGCCGCGGAGCUGGCCGACGGUCGCCCAGGCGUGCAAGCGGGAGCUGGCAGCCGAGGCUGAGGACCUGGCCUCUCUUGCUGCUCGCACAGCUGGCCGCGCAGCUAGGGGCCGCGGCGGAGGCGAGAGGCCACGGCAGCAGCAGGAGGGCGGCGGCACCGACGCUGCCCGCAUCGGCGGCAAGCGGCCCCUCGACCUCGGGAGUGCGCAGGCGCCGCCAGCGCCAGGCCUGGCGGCGUCGACAGCUCAGAAUGUUUGCUGCGGACUGGAGAAGCUCGGGUGCAACGGCAACGCUCGGAGGAGGAGCCCGGAGGCGAUCAAGGCCUUGGACUCCCGCAACAGGGCCCCGCCGCACCUUGUGAUGCCCCAGGAGUCCAGCCUGGCUCCGCACCGCCUGGAGGAGGCCAGCGGAGCAGCGCGGUGCAUGGGAUAUACGGAGUUCCUCCACGCGUCGGCGCCCACGGACAAGGAGGGCCCGCCUGGCGACCUCAGGCGGCGCCUGCCGCUGCGAGCGUGCUCGCUGUGCCUCCAGGGCGCCCUGGGACCCAUGGGCUCCAACCUCGACAUCUACGCCACCUUCGGCGACGCGGUGCUCUUUCAGAGGCCGCGUCUCGUUUCCGUCGUGGGCCUGGCGGCCGAGUCUUUCAGCGCCAACGUGGCAGGUUGGGCGGGGUGUGCGUGUGCCACCACUGGGGCCAAGCUGCCUGUGCUGGCAGCCCUCUGCGCCGCCCCAGCGGGCGCCAGGCCGCCGGUUGUCGCUCGCGACGUCGUCGGUGACUUCGCGCUGCAGGCCGUGGGCGCGGAGCAGCUGGUGGCCGCGCUGCUCGGCAGCGCUGGGCUGAAUGUGGCCCGCCGCCUCCGUGUGCAGCACCUUCCUCUCGGUGCUGCCAAGGCGGCCCCCCUCGCCUCGAGCCCCAGCCUUGGUCGCCAGCUCGGGGUGCGCUGGGAGCUGCAAGGAUGGACCUCGCGUAAGGCCCUGCAGACCAGGAACCUCGACACGGACGCCGCCAACACGAGGGGAGGCCACGCAGUCCAGAUAAUGGCGGGCCUGAUACAGACAGGCGUGCUGCUGCACAGGAUGAUGGAGCGGGGGCUGGAGGCGGCGGCGACCAGGCGCGCAAGAGCUGGCACGCCAUGGAAGCACUGCACCUCCCCCUUCGGCGCGGUGGUGCCGACCCGUGCGCGGAUCGGCUGGCACUUCAAGUCCGAGCGGUGCAAGGUCACGGACUCUGGCGUCGAGCUCGGCCUCAUGCACCUGGGCGCUUGGCGUGCAUCCGAUCGUUGCGAGAUGCGGAAGCUCAGCCACGACACCCGCCUGCAGCGGCCACUGCAAUGGGACGCCAUCGGAUGCCUGCUCGGGCCAGACGGCAGGCCCAGAGUGAGGGAGCAUAACGUCCUCGGGGCCUGCAUCUCCAACACGCACUGGAGGCAGGCCAGGCUCCUUGAUGUGCUGGAGGCCCAGCGGCGCGGCAGAGUGUCGGCACGGCUGAAGCAGUGUGCAGAACGAGCGCGGGCCCUAGGUGACCGCGCAGGUGACGACUUCGGCCGCUGCUGGUUGCCCGCACCAGAGCCACCGCAGGGUCACCACACCGACGCCAUGUGGAUGCGAUGGGCUUGCAGGCCAGCCGAUGAUAAGCUCGACGGCAAGCUGUACCUCGAUGGCUCGGCGCUCGAGCCGCAGUUCGGCGCCGUGCGGUGUGAGGGCUGGGCCAUAGCGCAGUGUGGCGACGACGGCAACCCGGGGACAGGGGUCUACGGCACCGUCUGGUGCUACCGCUGCCCGCAGCAGACGGCCAAGGACGGCGAGGGCGUUGCUGCCUGGAUGAUCGCCACCUUGGAGGGGCCAGCAGUGGAGGAAGUCAACAUCGACUGCAGCUCCGCAGUGUCCUGCCUGCGGAGAGGGCGUGCGGACGCCGCCGUGCCCAGCAGGGCGAACGCCCACCUAUGGCGCAGGAUCCUGGCAGCCUUCGAGCCAGGUGCUUUCGAGGUGAGCAAGGUGCCAGCCCCCUGGCUGAGGCAGGCAGUGCUCGGCGGGCGCCUGACGGAGGCCCAGAGGCACGGCAUCGAGCACGCCGACCACCUCGCCGAGAUGGGCGUCCAGGCGUAUGCAGUGAACAGGUGGACGUUUGGCGUGCACCAUGCGCUGGCGGAGAUCGUGCAGGAGCUCGGGCGCGGGAUCUGGUGGGCCGCCAUCAUCGGGCAAGGCGUCGAGGCCAGGGAUCGCGAAGAGCUCCCUCCUGCUGCUGAGCGGCGCCAGGUACGUUGCGCCGACGCCGAGGGGUCUCAGGCAGCGGGGGAUGCCACGGGCGAUGGGCCGAUGGCCAAGCGGCCGCGCCUGGAGAGCGCCCGCUCGACAGGCAGCAGCUCGGCAGCCCUCUCGGCCAGUGCAGUUGCCUUCAGCGUGCUGGGACAUGCCUUGUCCUAUGCCUGCGCUGGAGAAGGGGGGGGCACCCAGGAGCUCGUGGCAUGCUCCAAGUGCGGCGCCUACAUGACGCUGGGCGGCCGCUCAGGGGUUAGGCCUCGCCUCAAGGAGCGGUGCCCAGGCGACAAGACCGACGCGGGCGGCAGGAACCAGCGCAGCCUGUGGCGGCGAGGACUCCACCCUGGAGGCAGGAGGCAGGAGGGGUCACGGGCUGCCAGACACAGAGUGAAAGGAGAGGGCAUCCCAGCACUGCGCUCGCAGGGUCCAGUGCCUGAGCACGCGCAGGAGCGGUGCCUGGAGUGGCUUGGCACUGCAGCGGAGCCAGCUGCAGACUCCUCGGCCACUGCGAGCAGUGCAGGCAACGCCCCAGCGGCAGCUGCAGAGCCGCAAGUGGCCGAGGGCCCAGGAGAAGCCCCGUCGGAUGCGGCCGUCGCUGCGACCGCUGCCAGCCUGCCCCUGCGGCGCCCAGCCGCAGCGAGAGCUGGGCGCCUCGGAGCGUUCGGGGUCAUCGAGGAGGAGCUCGCCGCCGCGGCCGGCCCUGCAGGGGGCGCCCGGGAGGGCCGCAGGGUGCGCCGCCGCAUGGCGCGCCGUGGCGGCCCGACCGUGCGCAGGCCCCCGGCCAGCGCGGCAGUGGCCGUGGCGAGGUCCCCGCGCGGCGGUGGCAGCAGCAGGCCCAGCAAGUCCUACUGGAUGUGCAGCUGCGGCGGAUGGAACUGGGAUUGGCGCACCUCGUGCCUGGGGUGCGGGCAUGCGGCCCCGCCCUGGGCUCUGGGGGCGCUCCCAGCCAAGGCGAGGCCCAAGGCGGACAAGGGCGGCUGGGUUGACCAGCCACGUGGACGCCGUGCCCAGAGGCAGGCCCGCGGCGCGGCCUCGCGGGCAGCCUCCACCAAGUCGCAGACCUCGGCGUCGGCGGCGAGUGGGACGCCCAGCGGUGGAGGCGCCGCGGCGAUCGAGAGGCUCCAGGCGACAGUCGAGCAGCUCGAGGCGCUGCAGGCCGAGCCCCCUGACGGAGUGGACGGCUGCUUCACCGACGUCGUGGCCAGGCAACUGGAGGCGAAGCGUGCCGAGCUGGUCAAGGCCCAGAAGGCAGCAGCGGAGCAGAAGGCCUCUUCCCUGCCGCAGGCGACGCGGCUCCGCAGGGAGGCGAACGCCAUCAGCAAGGGGGAGAAGCGGCUCCGAGCAGCCCGCCUGGAGCUCGAGCAGAAGCAGGAGGCGCGCGACCUCGUCGAGGCCCAGCUCCAGAAGGCCCAGGAGGAGCUCGCGGAGCUCGACGCGGAGGUGCAGGAGGCGAGCUGUGCGCUCCAGGCGCUCGAGGAGGCAGUCCGCGAGGAGGCGGAGACGCUGCGCCGCCAGCGCGCAGCCGAGUGGGCAGGUGCCAGCCAGGUGCCAGGGCUCCUCCUGCAGCUGGAGAAGUUGCCUGAGGCGUGGAGCUCCAGCAACUUCGAGGUGGCCUGGCCAGCCAUUCAGGCCCAGAUGGAGGCAGUGCGGGCGCAGCUUGAGGGAGGCCAAGCAGAGCGGCGCGGCAAGGCGCUGUGCGAGUGGCCGGCGGUGGCCCAGGCAUGCAAGCGGGAGCUGGCAGCAGAGGCAGCGGACCUGGGGGGCAGCCAGGGCCAGCGAGGGCCUAGCGCAGCCUGUGCGGCAGGCCUGCGCCUGCACGAGAGCGGCGCCGAGGGGGUCGAGAGCAACCCGGUAGGCCUCCGCAGCGUGGGCGUCCGCGACUCGCCCAGGGGCCAAGAGCGCGCUUCAGGGCCCAGCGGUGACCUCGUCCUCCUGAACGCCGAGGUGAACGUGUUUGGGGCCGUUGAGUUCGGCACUAGCGAGUGGGGCGACCUCAGUGACCAAGCUGGUGUACAUGGCGACCCUGAAGCAACUUCAGUGCUGCAGCGGCGCCUCGCGAGCUCCCAGAAGCAGGAUAGCGACGAGAGCUCAGCCUCCUGGAGAGCACGGGCCAAGCAGGCCAGGCAGAAGGGCGGCAGGCUCGCCCGCAGUUGUACUAAGGCGGUGCCGCCCCUGCCAGUGGUGUACUCAGAGGCCAGCAGGCCCGUGGCAGGCAUGAUGGCAGUCUGA